AUGACUAAAGCUCAUUCCAAUUUCUCUGCCACCAAUGUCACCGUUUUUCUCCUUCUCUCCAUUUACCACUUCCCCGGAGCAUUCUCUGAAUCCGAAGAAGAGUGCAAACCCGAUUCCGACAGCAGAUGUACAGACAAAAACAGAGCAUUUGAUCUCAAACUCAUAGCAAUUUUCUCGAUCCUCAGUACAAGCCUUGUCGGCGUUUGCCUCCCGUUCUUCGCUCGUUCGGUUUCCGCUUUCCAACCGGAGAAAUCUCUCUUCCUCAUCGUCAAAUCUUUCGCCUCCGGAAUCAUCCUCGCCACUGGUUUCGUCCACGUUUUGCCUGAUUCCUUCGAAAUGCUCUCGUCUCGUUGUCUUAAGGAUGACCCCUGGCACAAGUUUCCUUUCACUGGCUUCGUCGCCAUGAUCUCUGCGGUGUUCACACUCAUGGUUGGCUCUAUUACCACCAGCGUCUUCAGUAAGUCCGGUAAAAGGGACCCACGUGCUGAUGUGGCAUCCGCUGAGACUUCUGACCAAGAGAUGGGGCGUGUGCAGGCUCACGCGCACGCACAUCAUGGUCAUGGUCUUCAUCAUAGCGAUGGCCAGGAUCUUGGUUCUAAUUUACAGCUUCUACGAUAUCGUGUUAUUGCCAUUGUAUUGGAGCUAGGAAUAGUGGUGCACUCGAUUGUGAUAGGACUAUCAGUAGGAGCCACUAACAAUACUUGCACCAUCAAAGGUCUUAUUGCUGCUCUUAGUUUCCACCAAAUGUUCGAAGGCAUGGGUCUCGGUGGCUGCAUCCUCCAGGCGGAGUACGGGUGGGUGAAAAAGGCAGUGAUGGCCUUCUUUUUUGCUGUCACAACGCCUUUUGGGGUCGUUCUUGGAAUGGUCUUAUCUAAAACAUACAAAGAGAAUAGCCCUCACUCGCUCAUAACGGUUGGGCUGUUCAACGCUUCUUCGGGUGGACUACUCAUCUACAUGGCUUUAGUCGAUCUCCUUGCGGCAGACUUUAUGGGUCAGAAGAUGCAACAUAGCAUUAAGCUUCAGAUGAAGUCAUACGCCGCUGUUUUUCUUGGUGCCGGUGGCAUGGCCUUUGUGGCUAAGUACACUUGA